AAACUGUUUUCACUGUUGGAUACAUACAUAGAGACCGGGUGUAUCUAAAGCAGACAGACCAAGACACAGCCGCCAUUAAUGGCUCACUUACAAGUCGUCACUUCAACCAAGCCCCUUAUUCCUCCUUCAAAUAUUGAAUGUAAAUUAGGAAGUAAAGCAAGUGAAUUUGGUGGAGUUACAUUUCAUACUCUCACCACAAGAAAUUUUUCUCUUUCGCAAGGAUCUAAAACUAAAGCAAUUCAAGCAGUGUUGGCCAGUGAUAAGGAAACUGAUGCAUCAACUGCUACUAAGGGAAGUGGUCUGCGUGGGAAACUGAACAAAGUUGUCCUAGCUUAUAGUGGUGGCUUGGAUACCUCGGUGAUCGUUCCUUGGCUAAGGGAAAAUUAUGGCUGUGAGGUUGUCUGCUUUACUGCAGAUGUUGGUCAAGGUAUCUCAGAAUUGGAAGGUCUGGAAGCAAAGGCUAAGGCAAGUGGAGCUUGCCAGUUAGUGGUGAAAGAUCUGACGGAAGAAUUUGUGAAGGAUUAUAUAUAUCCUUGUUUGCGAGCUGGGGCAGUAUACGAACGAAAGUACUUGCUGGGAACCUCAAUGGCCCGACCCGUUAUUGCAAAGGCAAUGGUGGAUGUGGCAAAAGAAGUUGGUGCAGAUGCUGUUGCUCAUGGAUGCACAGGAAAGGGAAAUGAUCAGGUGCGUUUUGAACUCACCUUCUUUUCUCUUAACCCUGAUCUCCAAGUUGUGGCCCCAUGGAGGGAGUGGGAUAUAACAGGGAGGGAAGAUGCUAUUGAAUAUGCCAAGAAACACAAUGUGCCUGUCCCAGUCACAAAGAAAUCCAUCUAUAGCAGAGACAGGAACCUAUGGCAUCUCAGUCAUGAGGGAGAUAUCUUGGAAGACCCUGCUAAUGAGCCAAAGAAGGACAUGUACAUGAUGUCUGUUGACCCAGAAGAUGCGCCCAACAAACCCGAGUACCUUGAAAUAGGGAUAGUUUCUGGGCUCCCCGUUUCUAUCAAUGGAAAAGAACUCUCCCCGGCAACUCUUUUAUCUGAACUUAACGACAUAGGAGGCCGUCAUGGCAUUGGCCGAAUCGACAUGGUGGAAAACCGUCUAGUUGGAAUGAAAAGCCGUGGAGUGUACGAGACACCCGGUGGAACCAUUCUAGCAGCUGCAUGCCGUGAACUUGAGUCUCUAACCCUUGACAGAGAAGCCAUCCAAUUCAAAGACAUCAUGGCCCUCAAGUAUGCCGAAUUGGUCUAUGCUGGCAGGUGGUUUGACCCUCUUCGCGAGUCAAUGGAUGCAUUCAUGGAGAACAUCACUAAAACAACCACUGGUUCAGUGAUGCUCAAAUUGUACAAAGGUUCUGUCAUUGUGGCUAGUCGGAAGAGUCCUUAUAGUUUAUAUAGAGAAGACAUUUCGUCAUUUGAAAGUGGGCAAAUUUAUGAUCAGGCGGAUGCUGCUGGCUUUAUAAAGUUGUACGGGCUGCCUAUGAGGGUUAGAGCCAUGCUUGAGAAAGAGCAGGGUAAAAAGUAGAAUUUUUAUUGAUUAGGAAUAUUUCUUUGUUCUUAUAUUAAUGGAUUCCAUGGGAUAUUGAGAUUGAAUAAGUAUGCAUUUCUGAUCUUAGUA